AGAGAGAGAGAGAGAGAGAGAGAGGAGAUACGGGGACACGGAGCGAGAGAGUGUGUAGGGGGAGAGUGAGAUAGAGAGAGACGAAGAGAGAGAGAGACAUAGACAUGCACAGUGGAGGAGGAGGACGAGGAGGAGGGGGAGGCUCCUGAUACCAAGACACGGAAAAGCAGGGGAGGGAAAGAGAGAAAGAAAAAAGGGGCUGUUGGAGGAAGAAGAGGAGCGGGGAGUGGGAGAAAACAGGGGGAAAAAACACUUAAAGAAAGCAUAGAGAAGAGAAGAAGGACAGUACCUGGUGCUUUGGACAUCCCCCUCCUUUCUUCACUUGGGCUGUCACAAGCAGAUUGGACUCCGAAGGACCGACACCGCGUCCACCCCAGACCCCAUGGGGUAACAGCAGACGUUUGGAGGAGAGGCUUUUGUUCAGCUACACAGAUGAACAACAGGAAGGAGGACAUGGAGAUCUCCUCUCACUAUCGUCAGCUCCUCAGAGAGCUCAACGAGCAGAGGCAACACGGCAUCCUCUGCGACGCCUGUGUCAUUGUGGACGGAAAGAUCUUCAAAGCCCAUAAGAAUGUCCUCCUGGGCUCCUCGCGCUACUUCAAGACUCUUUACUGCCAGGUAAAAAAAGGUUCAGAGCCUCACCACCAGACUACUGUCACUCACCUCGACAUCGUCACAGCAACAGGCUUCAAAGCGAUCCUGGACUUUAUGUACUCGGCACACCUCGCCCUCACCAGUAAGAACGUAAUUGAGGUGAUGUCAGCCGCUAGCUACCUGCAGAUGACCGACAUCGUUCAGGCGUGCCACAGCUUCAUCAAGGCUGCGUUGGACAUCAGCAUCCGCUCCGAGAUGGCGGACGAACUGGCCGACUUUGAGAUGGGAGCUGUUGCCGCAGCCAGUAUAGGUGGAGGUGGAGGAAGUGCAGGGGGUCCGGUUUUAGCAGGAGCUGGAGGGGUUGUGGGGGCAGGUUUAGGAGGAGGAGGUGGGAUAGUGGGAAUGGCGUCCGAAGCUCUGGCCUCCAUCAUGUCCGGUCGCAGCACCUCUCCUUGGCUGGCUCGUCGCACCAGCCCAGCCAACUCCUCCGGGGACUCGGCCAUCGCCAGCUGCCACGAGGGAGGUAGCACGUACGGCAAGGAGGACCAAGAGCCCCCCAAGAGCCACGAGAGCCAGGAGGAAGCCUGCCAUGACUCCCAGCCCGCCUGGCCGCACGACUACAGACCGGUCACCGUCAAAGAGGAACAGGUGUCCCCUGCCUCUUCUUCCCAUCCCAGGGACACUCCCAGGGGGGCAGCACAGAGCCAGGGGGAGCAAGGUGCUGGAGGGGCUGCUGGAGGAGGAGUAGAUGGGUCCUGGCAACCACUGUCAGGCUCAGGUCGGAGGAAGAACCGAAAGAACAAGGACACGGUCAGACAUAUUACCCAGCAGUCUGAGAGGAACUGGGACAGAGAGCGGGACAGGGAGAGAGAGCGGGACAGUAGGCCUGGCUCACCUUUGCCCUCCAUGCUGGCUGUGGCUGGAUGGAACUACAACGGGCAGGAAAUCACAGGUGCAGACGUGACCGAACCCAACAGCUCAGACAGCCGCGGUGAACGCCUCGACUUCUUCCUCAAACAGGAGGAGGCUCUGACCACGGAGCCCAGCUACCUUGGUCCCAACGAAUCGGAGGAGGCCGGGGGAGGAGCAGGGGGUGGGACCAUCUCAUCCGUAGCCAAUCUGAAGGCAGCGCUGCUGAGUAAGAACAGCCUGCUGUCGCUACGGGCUGAAAUGAUGGGAGAUGAUAACCCCUUACUGUACGAGUACCUGCCCAAAGGAGGACACUCCCUGUCUUGGCUUCGCUCCAACAACUGCAGCACACUCCGGCCAGGGGCCACGGGGGCCACUAUUCAUAACAAACAGGGGGCUGGCUCCUCUCCUCCUCCUCUUCCUCUUCUUCCUCCUCAUCUUCCACCAUCACCACCACCACCACCACUACUGCCAUCAUCUUCAUCUUCAACAUCAGCAUACUGCCCGCCCACUCCACCCACGCCACUGCACCCCUCUGAGCCUCGGCCCCUGGAGGCCCCCGGUCUGCGGGCUGGGGCGACCCCGCUGCGUUCAGAAGAAUUGGACAUGGAAGUGGAAGAGGACCCCGAGGGCUCGGAGCCCUCCACCUUGCCUGAGGAAGGUGUGAAAGACAAGGAAAACAUGAAAGAAAACAGCACAGCCUCGGAGGGUAACCAGUAUCCUAUCGGGAAUGGUCAGAUGGGCGAGGAGAGCUGCACUGGGGGCUCCACAGUUCCUGAGUCAGUGUUGAUGGCUGGCAGAAGGUCUAAAGGGCUGAUGGUGCUGGUGAAUGACUUCACGGUGAUCCGGAAAAAGUUCAAGUGCCCCUACUGCAGUUUCUCUGCUAUGCACCAGUGCAUCCUAAAGAGGCACAUGCGCUCCCACACUGGUGAGAGGCCCUACCCCUGUGAAAUCUGCGGCAAGAAGUUCACCAGGAGGGAGCACAUGAAGAGGCACACACUGGUCCACAGCAAGGACAAGAAGUACGUGUGUAAAGUGUGCAGCCGUGUCUUCAUGUCAGCCGCCAGCGUGGGAAUCAAACAUGGCUCGAGGCGCCACGGCGUUUGCGCCGAUUGCUCCGGCCGGGGCAUGGCUGCGCUGCUGGACCACAACGGGGAAGUGGGAGGAGACAUCUCCCCGGAGGAGGAGCUGUAUCCUGGCGACCGUUUCCACGAUGACCAAGCAGAGUGCGAUGGCGACGGAGAGGGGGAGGAGGAGAUGAUGGUGGAGGGGGACGGGGAGAUGAUGGGUGAGGGAGAGGAGGAUGGAGGAGGAGGGGGGGGGAAGUGGAAGGACUCAGGGAUGAGCACUGAGGCACACAGAGCACUGGACAAUGAGAAGGAGGAGAGUGACUCCUCGGCACAGGAGGGGGAGCAGCAGAAUGGGAGUGAGAGGGACUUCACUUGGAUCUCCUAGAAUCAACCCCGCUCCUGUUAGCGGCUCCUUCGACCAAUCUCUAAAGAUCUCUUGCGAUCUUUUGGGCAGAAUCCUCUGCUCCUUUUACCCAUUCGUCCCAGCGUGGGCAGGCCUUCCUUUGUAUGGAAAGCUGGAGGGUGAUGCGCGACAAUGAUCUCAAACACACUCAUACACACACAAACACACACACCAGACAUACACACACACACACAAACACACACACACACACACACACUUAGGCCAUUCUCUGCCAUAGUCGAAGAAGAAGUGGUGAUGAGAUGGUUCCAGUGUAAGGCUUUUUCCGCUUACCUCCUUUACUUCUGAUGCAGUGUUUUUGUGUUUCUUUUUCUCGAGAGUUCAGGCCAGAGUCCAGUAGUUUUCUACUCUGUCACAACAGGAAUCAACGAGGACGCUGCCAAGGACGCUAAGGCUGCAACUUUGUAUGUUUGCCAUCACAAUCACCAUGGAAACCAAGGAUCACUAACUGACUGUGUAGGGAAAUAGCCAGAAAGGGAAGUGAAGGCUGUAAAAGUCUCUCUGCAAGUAAAGGGAGAGAGAGUCUAAAAUCUAUUGCAAUGCUACAUGUGUCAGAGGAGCGGGCAGCCCCACGGCACACUGUUGAUGCAGAGUCCUACUGCCACAGACUUGCACUUUAUCGACAACUGACUUGUAUCAAAGCCCUGAACCCGUGGUUUACAUUUUUGAUCUGAUCUUUGCUUACCUAAAACAACUCGGUGACCGCACCUACCUUUAAGGAUAUACUCUAUGUCCUCUUGACUGUUAUCACGAUAUAGAAAUCACUGAAUCUUUGUGCAGAUUGCUGUUUAUAGAGCCUAUGCCUUUCAGUGGGGUCCUUAAUCUUUUCUUCGUUUACCACACAGUUUCUAUAAAUCCAUUCCAACAAGAUGAGACUAAUGUACAUACAGUUUUUGGGAUUCUGGGGCGAGAGGUGUGUGUGAGGCCGAGAGAGACAGAAAGAGACUUUGACAGUGUAUGGACGAGUUUUUAAUCUCUUUAUACACAAAGUGGACUUACAUUUUUGUUCCUGUUUGGAAAAUUAACUCAAGCACACAUUAAAUCCACAUGACCUACUGUACACGAUUAACUCUUUCUGUCCCUCUGGGCGUCUCUGGUGCAGUUUGUCUCACAGCAGAGGUUGUGAUGAUUGGACCUAAGGAUGAUCAGCCUUUGUCAAAUUAAAAAAAAAAAAAAACAUUUUUCUUUUUUCUGUUUCUUUUCUUCUUGGUCAGUCAUGUAACUCCAGUUUCUCAGUACAGAAUAUGCAGACUCUUUCUAUGGUUUCUCUUUCUUUGGGUGGUAUAUUUUCUCUGGCUUUGUAAGGUUCAAAGAAGAGGAUCAAAAAUUGUGCUUGAACUUCGUAGAGUGUAAUAUUUGUUUUGUUUUUAACAGCUAUUUAUUAUUAAAAAAAACCUGUUUGUGGAUGCCUACAAUUUUUUUUGGAGAAGUAAUUCUCUCUCUUUCUUUCUUGUGUGUCUUGUGUGUGUGUGUGUGUGUGUGUGUGUGUGUGUGUGUGUGUGUGUGUGUGUGUGUGUGUGUGUGUGUGUGUGUGUGUGUGUGUGUGUGUGUGUGUGUGUGUGUGUGUGUGUGUGUUCGAAGGGACAAGAUGGAUGUUUGUAUGCAAGAAUGUGUGAGUGUCCAGUGUCCAAAAAAAGAGUCUAUCUUGAUUUCUUAUGAUUUUUUUCCUUGUUUUCUGGGAUGUGAUUGACAAUUCAAGUGAGGCAGAUGACAUGUCUUAUUAUUAUUAUUAUUAUGAGUAUCAGAACUUUGGUUAUUGUUGUUGAUGUUCCUAUUAUUAUUAAUUAUUAUUAUUAUUAAGUGCUGGAUGCUAAGCUUUAUUGUGUGCUCUUUUUUGAUAUUUUAUAUCUUGUAUAAGAAAAAAAAAGCUUUUAUACUUUGCCUUGUUGUGGACAGCAAGCCAUGGGGCUUUUAUUGACCUUUUAUUGUGCCAGUUUACGCUUUUUCUGUCGUAUUUGCUUUUUUUACAAAGUGGAAAAACAACUUCACUGUCAAACCUCUCUGUUAGAUAUUGAUUGAAACAUAUAUUCCGCACACGCUUUUUUUUUUUUUUUUGCAUCACCAAUGUACACUAAUUGAUGAAUAUGGAACCAAAAACAAUCUCGUACCUUGUAUACAUGAAGUGCUUUUGUUUCACGGUCUGUGUGCAGGUGAUUUUUUGGAUUUCUUGCUGUGGUUAACCAGUUUUGUUGUUGAGUUGUUUUUAUUUUUUGAACCUGUCACUACUUGUCAGUUAUUAAAAAGUGCACAUGUUAUGGUGUCGUAAAUAUGACGGGCUAUGUAAAAGAAACUGCGAGAUUAAGAAGACAGUUUCUUUAAUUUUAUUUUCUACUGUCUCACGCCUUGCAUGAAACACAAUCAAGCAGAAAGGCAGCAUGCAGAUAAAACACUGGUGUGUGGAGUCUACAUGCUGUAUUUCUAUCCGCUGGUCAUUUACUGGCUUGACUCUCGAUCAUUUCCACAGCGGGAAUGUGAGCUCUGCAGCAGUUAACUCUGGGAAACAUUUUGUUACCAGUUCUGGUUGCACACAUCAGCUGCCAUGGACUGCACUUCCCAUCAUGCCCCACUCGGAAACUCUCAGUACAAUCUGAUUUCUUCAUCUCGAGCAACUGUCUUUAUUUUAUUUGUAUUAUUUACUCAGUUUUGUUUGACCCAUUAAUCAAAUAGGUGUAAUUUUUAGGGUAAAAAAAGACAGUGGGGUUGGAUUUUUUAUUGAAUGUCAAUGUUAGGUGUGGAAGGAGCCCAUGAUCGGUGACAAAUCUCUGUCCUGUGGUGCUGUUACAGUCACUGAGAGACAUGUGGAUGAAUGUGUGACUCCCCGACCCUGCGCUCUUCUUAAGACCUGUACUGUACGUCUUCUUCCUCAUACUGGGUUGUAACUUCAGGAAAAAAACAUCCGCCAUCGAACCCUCAAUAUGUGCCUCAAUAACAUUUCACCUUGCGUGCUUGUGGGUGUGUGUUUGUUCCUGACUGGUGUGUUUGUGCCAAUGGAUAGAGAUUUUACUUUUUGAAAAAAAAAGAGAGCAACUGAUCAGAUUAGAGGUGCAAAAAGUUUUUUGAGGAUAAAACUUCAACGAGACAAAUCAUGAUGGGCGACUCCAUUCUCCUUCCCACCGUGUGUUUGAUGACCUUUUGUGCCCCGAUUCUGUGGUCUUAACUGCAUGCCUGUGCUCAUUUUGUCAUACCAAAGCGAUGUCAUCUGCACACAACUGUCUCAUUCCACAUGAUGCAAAACUGGAACUGGUUUUUAUCUCCUGCAGAUGAUUAUGGGUAUUCUUAUACGUGUACAAAUUGCAAUCCUCAUUUAGCCUGUAUAGCUUGAUUCACACGUGCAAAUCAUGAAGCCAUAGAUAUGGGUAUAUCUAUAUUAUACUAUAUUUCAAAAUUGGCGCUUUUUACUUUAGAUUUUGUUCUUCUACUAAGAGUGAUGUGUGUAUACCUUCAUAUAUAUGAAUUUAUAUUACUAUUAUAUAUUAUUUAUUUCUCUCAAGUUUCAGAGGGACUUUGAUUUGUAAAAGGUCACACUUGAAGCUUGAGGUUUGUUUAUUUUCAUUGGGAAUAUUGUUCAAUAUGAUACUGACUUUAUAUUGAUGAUUAUCAUAAACCUGUGUUUGUAACAAAAUGUGUUAAAUAAUCAAAAGAACCCUGUCCUGUUUCUACACCUGUUUUGUUUUUGGGCAGAUUUAAGUGCUCUUGUGCAGAUUUUUUUUUUUCUUUUUUUUUUCUUUUCAGUUGAUAGUACUGAUCACAAAAACAUUUUACAGCCAACCAUGAGCCUCCUGUUUUUGAUGUUUGGGCCUGCCCGGCGGCCGUGCAAGCCUCUUUCUAACUUCAUGUUCAAUGGAAGAAUUAGCUUGACUAUUAUUUGCAAAAACCAAUCAGUCUCAAUAAAUUUUGAAAUUGCUGCUGUAAAGAAGUGA